AUGAAUAACACAGAAGAAGAAUUUACCACGUUAGCUAUCAAAAUAGGUAUGACUGUCGCCAUUUUCCUUCUCAACACUGGGUUGGCCUUGAAAGCCAUUGAGUUGUGCCAAGAAAGUUUGAUUUUACUAAACAACGGUGAUUUAAGCGCGGCCAGUCCAGUUGCCAAAUCACUUGAAGAACGCAUCCGCACCACAGUGAAAAGGGCGUGGUUCACUCUAUGCAAUUCACCAGGUUUUGAAGAAUACCUCAGGAACUUUUACUUCACCCUGAAGAGGGAAAGAAAUUUCUUGAAUUAGCAAUAAACGUGAUGAAAACGACCGCAAACAGAAGAGGAGAAGCAGAUUGUUAUAGAGGACUAGGACUGCUUCUGUGUUCAUCAGGAGAAUAUGAGAAAGGUAAAGAAUAUUUGGAGAUGGCACUUGCAAUUAACAUAAAACUUGGUGACAAAAGUUGCAUAGCCACGAAUUACAUGGACCAAGGAGGAGUGUUAAAAUCGCUUGGAAAAUACGACAAGUCCCGAGAAUACCUGAAGAAAGCACUUGCUAUUCAAAUAGAAAUUGGCGACAGAAAUGGAGAAGCAAAGAGCAACGGGAACCUCGGAACAGUGUUCCAAUCCCUUGGCGACUAUGACAAGGCCAGGGAAUACCUGGAGAAAGCUCUUGCUAUCAGUAUAGAAAUUGGCGAAAGAGAUGGAGAGGCAAGAAGCUACGGGAGCCUAGGAACAGUCUUCCAAUCGCUUGGCAAAUAUGACAAGGCCGAGAAUAUCUGAAGAAAGCACUCGCUAUCCAAAUAGAAAUUGGCGACAGAAGUGGAGAAGCAACAAGUUAUGAGAACCUCGAACACUGUUCAAAUCGCUUAGCGAAUGUGACAAGGCCCGAGAAUACCUGGAGAAAGCACUCACUAUCCAAAUAGAAAUUGACAACAGAAGUGGAGAAGCAACAAACUAUGAGAGCCUCGGAACACUGUUCAAAUCGCUUAGCGAAUGUGACAAGGCCCGAGAAUACCUGGAGAAAGCACUCGCUAUCCAAAUAGAAAUUGGCAACAGAAGUGGAGAAGCAAGAAGCUACGGGAGCCUAGGAACAGUCUUCCAAUCGCUUGGCAAAUAUGACAAGGCCCGAGAAUACCUGAAGAAAGCACUCGCUAUCCAAAUAGAAAUUGGCGACAGAAGUGGAGAAGCAACAAGUUAUGAGAACCUCGAACACUGUUCAAAUCGCUUAGCGAAUGUGACAAGGCCCGAGAAUACCUGGAGAAAGCACUCGCUAUCCAAAUAGAAAUUGGCAACAGAAGUGGAGAAGCAACAAGCUAUGAGAGCCUCGGAACACUGUUCAUAUCACUUGGCGAAUGUGACAAGGCCCGAAAAUACCUGGAGAAAGCUCUCGCUAUCCAAAUAGAAAUUGGCGACAGAAAUGGAGAAGCAACAGGCUACGGGAACCUCGGAACAGUGUUCCAAUCCCUUGGCGAAUAUGACAAGGCCCGAGAAUACCUGGAGAAAGCUCUCGCUAUCAGUAUAGAAAUUGGCGACAGAAAUGGAGAGGCAACAAGCUACGGGAGCCUCGGAACAGUCUUCCAAUCGCUUGGCAAAUAUGACAAGGCCCAAGAAUACCUGGAGAAAGCACUCGCGAUCGAAAUAGAAGUUGGCGACAGAUAUGGAGCAGCAACUGGCUACGGGAACCUCGGACAACUGUUCAUAUCGCUUGGCAAAUAUGACAAGGCCCAAGAAUACCUGGAGAAAGCCCUCGCUAUCCUAAUAGAAAUUGGCGACAGAAGUGGAGAAGCGACAAGCCAUGAGAACCUCGGAACACUGUUCAUAUCGCUUGGCGAAUGUGACAAGGCCCGAGAAUACCUGGAGAAAGCUCUCGCUAUCCAAAUAGAAAUUGGGGACAGAAAUGGAGAAGCAACAAGCUAUGGGAACCUUGGAACACUGUUCAUAUCGCUUGGCGAAUGUGACAAGGCCCAAGAAUACCUGGAGAAAGCUCUCGCUAUCCAAAUAGAAAUUGGCGACAGAAAUGGAGAAGCAUCAAGCUAUGGGAACUUUGGAAUACUGUUCAUAUCGCUUGACGAAUGUGACAAGGCCCGAGGAUACCUGGAGAAAGCUCUCGCUAUCAAAAUAGAAAUUGGCGACAGAGAUGGAGAGGCAAAAGUCUACGGGAACCUCGGACAACUGCUCAUAUCGCUUAGCGAAUAUGACAAGCCCCAAGAAUACCUGGAGAAAGCUCUUGCUAUCCAAAUAGAAAUUGGCGACAGAAAUGGAGAGGCAACAUGCUACGGAAAACUUGGAACAGUGUUCCUAUCGAUCGGCAAAUAUGGCAAGGCCCAUGAGUACCUGGAAAAAGCUCUCGCUAUCCAAAUAGAAAUUGGCGAAAGAUAUGGAGAGGCAACAAGCUACGGGAACCUCGGAACGUUGUUCAAAUCGCUUGGGAAAUAUUACAAAGCCAAAGAAUACCUGGAGAAAGCUCUUGCUAUCCAAAUAGAAAUUGGCGACAGAAAUGGAGAAGCAACAAUCUACGGGAAACUUGGAACACUGUUCAGAUUGCUUAACGAAUAUGACAAGGCCCAAGAAUACCUGGAGAACGCACUUGCUAUCCAAAUAGAAAUUGGCGAAAGAUAUGGAGAGGCAACAAGCUACGGGAACCUCGGAACGUUGUUCAAAUCGCUUGGGAAAUAUUACAAAGCCAAAGAAUACCUGGAGAAAGCUCUCGCUAUCAAAAUAGAAAUUGGUGACAGAAAUGGAGAGGCAGCAAUCUACCUGAGCCUCGGAGCACUGUUCAGAUUGCUUGGCGAAUAUGGCAAGGCCCAAAAAUAUCUGGAGAGAGCUCUCGCUAUCCAAAUAGAAAUUGGCGACAGAAAUGGAGAGGCAACAUGCUACGGAAAACUUGGAACAGUGUUCCUAUCGAUCGGCAAAUAUGGCAAGGCCCAUGAGUACCUGGAAAAAGCUCUCGCUAUCCAAAUAGAAAUUGGCGAAAGAUAUGGAGAGGCAACAAGCUACGGGAACCUCGGAACGUUGUUCAAAUCGCUUGGGAAAUAUUACAAAGCCAAAGAAUACCUGGAGAAAGCUCUUGCUAUCCAAAUAGAAAUUGGCGACAGAAAUGGAGAAGCAACAAUCUACGGGAAACUUGGAACACUGUUCAGAUUUCUUAACGAAUAUGACAAGGCCCAAGAAUACCUGGAGAACGCACUUGCUAUCCAAAUAGAAAUUGGCGAAAGAUAUGGAGAGGCAACAAGCUACGGGAACCUCGGAACGUUGUUCAAAUCGCUUGGGAAAUAUUACAAAGCCAAAGAAUACCUGGAGAAAGCUCUCGCUAUCAAAAUAGAAAUUGGUGACAGAAAUGGAGAGGCAGCAAUCUACCUGAGCCUCGGAGCACUGUUCAGAUUGCUUGGCGAAUAUGGCAAGGCCCAAAAAUAUCUGGAGAGAGCUCUCGCUAUCCAAAUAGAAAUUGGCGACAGAAAUGGAGAGGCAACAUGCUACGGAAAACUUGGAACAGUGUUCCUAUCGAUCGGCAAAUAUGGCAAGGCCCAUGAGUACCUGGAAAAAAGCUCUCGCUAUCCAAAUAGAAAUUGGCGACAGAAAUGGAGAAGCAACAAGCUACGGGCACCUUGGAAUAGUGUUCGAAUCGCUUGGCAAAUAUUGUGGGGCCGAGAAUACCUAGAGAAAGCACUUACUACGGACAUAGAAACUGGCGACAGAGAAGGAGAAGCAACAAACCACGGGAACCUCGGAACACUGUUUCAAUUGCUUGGCGAAAAUGGUAAGGCCCAAGAAUAUCUGGAGAAAGCUCUCGCUAUCCAAAUAGAAAUUGGCGACAGAAAUGGAGAGGCAACAUGCUACGGAAAACUUGGAACAGUGUUCCUAUCGAUCGGCAAAUAUGACAAGGCCCAUGAGUACCUGGAAAAAGCUCUCGCUAUCCAAAUAGAAAUUGGCGACAGAAAUGGAGAAGCAACAAGCUACGGGCACCUUGGAAUGGUGUUCGAAUCGCUUGGCAAAUAUGGUGGGGCCCAAAAAUUCCUAGAGAAAGCACUUACUAUGAAAAUAGAAAUUGGUGACAGAGAAGGAGAAGCAACAAACUACGGGAACCUCGGAACACUGUUUCAAUUGCUUGGCGAAUAUGACAAGGUCCGAGAAUACCUAGAGAAAGCCUUACGUAUUUACAGGAAAUUGGCAAACGAAAAGGAGAGGCAGACAUUUAUGGAAACCUUACAUUAUUUUUUUCUGUCCCUUGGUCAAUAUCGAAAGGCUGAAGAUUUUCUAGAGAGAGCAGUGGCAAUUUGAGGGAAAUCGGUGACAGAAAUGGACAAGCAGGACAUUUCGGAAACCUUGGGAGGAUUUCUUGUAAGCGUGGUGAGUACGACAAUGCUCUAGAAUAUCACAAGAAAGCCCUUGAAAUUCACAUGGAAAAUGGUAUGAAAGAAGAUGUUGUUGUCGACUACGCACUUAUAGGAUCGUGCUUCCAAUGGCUCGGUAAAUAUGACAUGGCCGAGGAAUACUUCAAGAAGGCUCUCUCAUUAAGCAGGGAUAUUGGACACAGCUUGCGUGAGUUUCAAUGCCUUCUUGGUCUAACGGUGUUGAAGGUAUCACAAUUUGAUCUUGAAGAAGCCUUUUCGUUUCUUUUCCAAACCAUUCAAAUUUUCGACACGUUGCGAGGAUCUCUGAAAGAAAAUGAUCAGCUUAAAACAUCACUUUUGGAAACGCACGGCACCUUUCCCUACAAGUUGCUCAGUAGCUUGCUCUCUUCCAAGGCAAAACCAUACGACGCUCUCUAUGUCGAGGAGUUGAGACGGGCGAGGGGCUUGGCCGACUUGAUGGGAGCUCGGUACUCUAUUGUAGAGCAGAUCUCAGGCGAUCCAAAAUCAUGGUAUGGGAUUCAAAACAUUGUCGCAAAGGAAACUGACUGUGCAUGCCUCUACAUUUCUGUUGGAGAAAAGGAUAUGCGCUACUGGAUUCUCAAAACUACAGGGGCUAUCAUUUUUUCAGAUGAGGAAGUGAGCCUGGACAAAAAUUUGGUGACCGGAUUAGUCCCUGACUUGGAUGAGUUUUUUACGGAAAGCUUUCGCAGCCUUGGCAUUUUACCCGCACAGAAUUGCGAAGAUCGAUCUCUAGAUGAUACCGAAUCAAUGUCACUUUACCAUGAAAAUCAGGCGCUCCUGCGCGAUUGUGAUGACAAAGGUAUCAAGACGAAUCUUCAAUUGUGCCACAAGAUAAUCAUCACUCCUGUGGCCGCUUUACUGAAGGAGCCCGAAAUUAUCAUUGUCCCUGAUUCCUGUAUGUACCAGGUACCAUUUGCGGCUUUAACGGACGAUGAAGGAAAAUUUGUAUCGGAGACAUUCAGGUUACGCAUUGUUCCCUCUUUGGCAACUCUCAAACUUAUUCAGGACAGUCCUCCAUACUAUCACAGUCAAACAGGUGCACUGAUAGUCGGUGACCCUCAGGUUGGAGAGGUGAUUUACAAGGGAAGACGCAAGAAUAUAACACGAUUGACAUGUGCAAGAAAGGAAGCAGAGAUGAUUGGAAGACUUCUUGGCGUGACACCUUUGAUUGGAGAUCGCGCGACAAAGCAGGCUGUACUUCAAGCAAUACAUUCAGUGAGUCUGAUCCAUUUAGCUGCCCAUGGUGAUGCUGAAAGAGGAGAGAUUGUCCUUUCUCCUGAGUGUCCCGCUGACUAUGUUCCACGAGAAGAAGCCUUCCUCUUGACGAUGGAGGACAUUUCACGAAUUAAGCUGCGAGCUAAACUGGUUGUGCUUAGCUGUUGUCACAGUGCACGUGGACAGAUUAAAGCCGAGGGCAUUAUUGGAAUCGUUCGAGCGUUCUUAGGAUCCGGUGCUCGCUCAGUCUUGGCGGCACGGUGGGCCAUAGAUGACACAGCCACAGAGAAGUUCAUGACUUGUUUCUACGAGCACUUGUUCCGCGGUGAAAGCGCCAGUGAAUCUCUUCACGAGGCCAGGAAAUGGAUGAGAAACAAUGGCUUUGUGGAGGUCUCUAAGUGGGCUUCUUUUAUGCUGAUUGGCGACAACGUGACGUUUGAUUUU